UUACUAAACUUAUUAGGAAUGAUUUUGUUGCAGUACUCGCUCUUGUUUACGUAUAUAUUUUUUUAAAUUUAUAUUUUCCACAAAUAUGAUAUUUGAUUAAUAAUGAUAUAAUUUAUUUACUAUUUUAAACUUCAGCACCAUCAGUACCUGGUAACCUGAUAGCGAUAGUAAUUCUUUGUGUUGUCAUCCUGGUCAUGCUUCCACCAUUCAUCUUCUUUUGCAGAUUCUAUUACUCUCAGAAGAACAAGAAGAUGGAGCAUUCCACGAUGAUAAACAUGACUGAUUAUGAUGAUGUUGAAUUACCUGAAACAACAAGAAGUGAUACAAAGAAUGAAAACACAUUGCCGACCAUUGGUGGUCAGGAUAGUGGAGGUGAUGGUGUUGCUACUGGUGAUGCUGAAGCGCCACCGAAGGCGGAACCACAAAAGGAUGAUUCAGCUUACGAAGAGCUACACACAUACAUGACAGUAGACUCAGCAUAUACUAACUUGCAGAAGAAGUCUAUUAAUGUCACUCAUUAAGGUGUGCAAACUGAAAAGAUGUAUUGUUUAAAGAUGUGAUUAUUAUAAAAACUUGAAAAAUUGAAUUCAAUAUUUAGAUUGCUUACUUUACAUAAUAUAGUUGCUUAGUGCAUAUCAAUUUAAAGUUAGAAAUGAGAUAAAGUGCCCUCGUAAAUUAAAUGGCAUAGACCUAUACACAGUUCCUGUAUAAGAAAGUAUAGUACUGUACAUACUCCAAGUAUUGAAAUACACGCCAUCGUGUUGGGAUUCAAUAUUUCGACAUUAAUUAUGUCAUCAUCAG